AUAGGACUACCAGUACUCUGGUAAAUGCAGCAAUAGAGGUAUCACCUGAGCGUUCCUAGGUCCAGGUGUAUGUACAUGUAGGUACAUGGACAAUGGUGAAACAAACUCUGAAAAACAUUUGGGUCCUUCGGCAACUCCUUGUCGUUGUUCUUGCGCCGUUUUUUCUCCUUCCAAUUGUAUUUGCUGUCGAGGGGAAGGAAUCAAAAUGUGCCUACAUCAUUUUUGUAAUGGCCAUCUUCUGGAUCACCGAGGCUUUACCUAUUGCCGUGACAGCUUUGCUACCUGUUGUAUUAUUUCCUGUGGUUGGAAUAAUGAACGCCAAAGACAUAUCAACAGCAUACGUUAAUGAUACGUCCAUGCUAUUCGUAGGCGGACUUAUCCUCGCACAUGCUAUUGAGCACUGGAACAUCCACAAGUUAUUUGCACUGCGAGUUCUGCUUUGGUUUGGAUCUGAACCCCACUGGCUAAUGCUUGGGAUGAUGAUUCCGACGUGGUUUCUCUCAAUGUGGAUGAGUAACACUGCCACUGCCGUCAUGAUGCUGCCGAUAGCAAAUGCUGUUCUUUUACAGCUGCAGAAUAUUCAUUCCAUCGAUCAGGGCACUCACGAAGAAGAUGUCGACCAGUCAGAUCCUGAUAGUAAAAGUGUCGUCAUUGCUUCAGAACAAGCUAGUAAUGAAAGUGAUAAUGGGCUUGAUCAAGAAGCAUACAUGUACGAUGAUGAACAGCAUCUCAACUUAUGCAAGGCUCUGUCGAUGUCAAUUUGCUAUGCUGCAAAUAUAGGCGGCAUUGCCACACUAACCGGAACAGGGGUCAACGUUAUCAUGAAAGGACAGAGUGAUUUAAUUUUUCAGAAAUAUGAUGUGGAUAAUCCAAUCACGUUUGCUACAUGGAUGCAGUUUGGUGUUCCGAUCGCCACUAUUCUGUUGUUUAUGGCUUGGACCUGGCUGGUUAUAUAUUUCCUUGGAUUGAGUUCGAUUUGCAGACGACAACCACGAGAAAUAUCUAACAGGAUAAGAAAAGUUCUCCGAAGAGAAUAUGAAGAGUUGGGCUCCAUAACAUUUGCCCAGGGUGCAGUGAUAGGACAUUUCAUAACAAUGUCUACACUGUGGAUCACUCGCGACCUCGGUGGUGUAGGGGGAUGGAAAGACCUGUUCCCUGAAAAAACAGUUUCAGACUCCACGUCCUGCAUUCUCGUUUCCUGCAGCCUAUUUUUCUUCCCUGCCAAUCUACCGGAAAUAUUGCGCUGUGGAAUGGGUGGUACCCUAAAAUAUCAGCCUCUUCUUAGUUGGAAAUCAGCCGAGAGGAACAUAUCGUGGGGCAUUAUCUGGUUAUUCGGUGGCGGUUUUGCAUUAGCCAAAGGAAGUCAAGAAACAGGACUGUCAGAUUGGAUUGGUGAACAACUCUCGGUAUUCAGCGGCCUCGAAAUCUGGGUAUUGAACUUAAUUUUAUGUUACAUUGUGGCAGCCUUUACGGAGGUUACCAGUAACAGCGCAACAGCCACAUUGAUACUGCCAAUAGUGAUACAGCUCGGGUUAAAGCUAGAAGUGAAUCCACUAUACGUGACGCUCCCCGUUACUAUAGCAGCGUCGAUAUCAUUUAUGUUACCAGUGGCAACACCUCCAAAUGCUGUGGUGUUCUCCUACGGGUAUAUCACAGUUAUAGACAUGAUUAAAACUGGACUGCCGAUGAACAUUGUUCCGAUUCCUAUAGUUGUACUCUUGACAGAGUUUCUUGGAAAUAGCAUAUUUGAUCUGAAAACGUUCCCUACCGAAUUUAGAAAUGCAACAAUAUCAGUUUAGCUUGAGUAAGAUGAAUACAACGCUAAAAUAGUUAAACGAUUUCUUCUUCUAAUUAAACAAUAAUUCAUAGUACAAAGGACAGGACAGGAAGCACUUGGUGUUUCAGUUUCUGGAUGUUUGCUACAUGGUUUGAAUCAUUCGAUCAAAUUGUGCUGUAAGAACUUGUAAAUCCAUGGUCCGUUUUUGAGAAUCUUAAUACAGAUUUACGCUUGAUGAUUUUUAUA